AUGGGAAUUCGAAAAAAGACCAACAAAAACCCGCCGGUGUUGAGCCACGAGUUUGUCAUCCAGAACCAUGCAGAUAUUGUUUCCUGUGUUGCUAUGGUGUUCCUCCUCGGGCUGAUGUUUGAGGUCACCUCGAAGUUUGCAGUGUUAUUCAUAACUGUACAGUACAAUGUGACCAUCUCCACAAACGAGGCCCCAGAGGAGACUGCUGUCAACCACUUCCACCACGGCAUCAAGGACUUGGCUACUAUCUUCUUCUACAUGCUGGUGGCCAUCAUCAUGCAUGCCAUCAUUCAGGAGUACGUGCUCGACAAACUCAACAGAAAGAAGCACUUCUCCAAAACCAAGCACAGCAAGUUUAAUGAGUCGGGCCAGCUCAGCGCCUUCUACUUAUUCUCCUUUGGCUGGGGAACAAGCAUCCUGCUGUCUGAAAAGUUCCUGUCCAAUCCAGUCACCCUGUGGGAGGGUUAUCCCCACACACUGAUGCCAUUCCAGAUGAAAUUCUACUACAUUUGUCAGCUGGGCUACUGGCUUCAUGCUCUCCCAGAGCUCUAUUUCCAAAAGACGAAAAAAGAGGAUGUUCCACGCCAGCUUGUGUACGUCUUCCUGUACCUGGCCCACAUCGCUGGCGCCUACAUUCUGAACCUGAACCGUCUGGGCCUGGUCCUGUUGGUGUUGCACUACUUUGUCGAGCUCCUGUUUCAUGUGUCCCGCCUGGUCUACUUCAGCAACGAGAACAGACAAAUGGGAUUCACCAUAUGGGCCGUCCUGUUUGUGCUGGGGCGGUUGCUCACCCUGUCCUUGUCGGUCCUCACGGUUGGCUUUGGCCUCUCCACAGCUGAGAACCAAGGCUUCGAUUUGGCCACUGGCAACUUUAAUGUUGUCUUUGUUCGGGUAACUGUCCUGGCCGCCAUCUGCCUCACGCAGGCCUUCAUGAUGUGGAAGUUUAUCAACUUUCAGUUGCGCCGAUGGAGAGAGCAUGCCCAGGCUCAGAGCUUGAAAAAGAAACAGGCCGCCCCUAAGAGCAAAUCAAAGAAAGACAAAGAACCAUCUCCCUUGGGCCUCUGUGGCUUUAUCCAGCCAGCUGACUCCAGCUCCCUGACCUGGUGUGUGUUUUCAGCUCUCACACAGGACUGCCAUCCAGGCUGGACGUCCAGGGACCGUUUAGCUUUGCUCGCCGCCAGUGGUCCAGCACACCUGGGGGCGCUGCUGGCCCGGGUUCAGCUGAGAGGACUCCGGCUGCUCUGA